ACGUAUCUCGCCUCGGCCUCUAGAGAUAUCCGGAUGGAAAUAGAAACAUGUUGCAUUCGGAAAAAACUAUAUGCACACGAUACAAUCAUGAAACAUAGGUAUUCGGUACCUGUAAUAGGGCGAUAAUGAAGCGAUGAUUAGUAUACGAGAUCGAGCUUCAUCGUAUUGUUAGCUUUUACCCUCUAUACCUACACCUAGGUAUAGUCGAACUGAAUAAGAUAAAAAUCAUCAGUUUUAACUUUUAUUUGAUAGGUAGAGGUACUCGAAAUCGGACGUCUUUAAAGUUGCAGUGAUAACGGAUACUUAUUUGAAGUACAUUCUCGUGUACGACUAUAAAUUGAUACAAAUUUUAAAGUUAUUUCGUUAAUUAACGUAGUUGUUUCGCGGUUGUCGCGCUAAACGUCGGUUUUUUAAGUGAAUUUUUUCGCAAUAUUUUAUUUUUUUAAAUUUGUAAAGUUUUGAAAAAAAUGUGGUAAAAGUGCCGGAUUCGCGUAUUUAUUCGUUUCUCGGUUCCUGUCUGUGAUACGUCGAGUUGCUGCGUUUCGGAGGAUAUUCUGAUUUGAACCCUUUGCUCGCAGGACAUGUGAACAUCAACAAUGCACGUAGAACAUACUACCUCAGUCGCAGCCCCAGCUGCUGGCGACAACAACAACACCAGUCUCUUCGGCAACAUAGUGAUCGCAAAACUCUCAGCUAUCUUGGUGCUAGCCAUAGCCUCAACGGUAGCCGGCUUCUUACCAGUCAAGCUAAACGAUGUAUUUCGUAAAAAAGGCGACAAACCGUCGACGUUCGACAAAGUAAUGUCGUUCUUUUUGAAUUUCGGCGGAGGAGUCCUCAUCUGCACCGUUUUCCUGCACCUCUUACCGGAAAUCCGCAACAAUGUGAAUACCCUCGAGCAUAAGAACAUCAUACACGAGUAUGUGCUCUCGUAUCCCGAGCUCAUCAUGUGUAUCGGGUUCUUCAUGAUGUUCUUUGUCGAAGAAACCGUGCACAGUUUCCUAACGAGGACCGAGAAACCAGCACCGAGCUCAGGAGGCAUACAAAACGACGCUUUCACCGGUAUCACCACCAUUAAGACGAUCGAUGGGGUGAAGAAAUGCGAUAUACCUCUGCACGUAUCGAACGGUAACGAUUGUCCGAACUCGAAGAACUACAAUUCGUGCGAAAACGUGCAUUGUCAGCACGUCGAAGCUGAUAGCCAUUCUCACGAUCAUCAUCAUCUGGACGGAUCUCAUUCUCAUAUACCUGAUCUGAGCCGGCCAUCUGUCAACAGCUUCCUAACCGUGUUGGCUCUCAGCGUUCACGAGAUUUUCGAAGGCUUAGCUGUCGGUCUCGAGAAGGAUACUGAUAUGGUAUGGUACAUGCUGGCGGCUGUCUCGUGCCAUAAAGUAGUCCUAGCUGCGUUCAUAGGCGUACAACUGAUCUCAGCCGAGGUGAAAAAGGUGCUCGCGUACGGGUACAUUAUAUCGUUCGCUCUGACCUCGCCCCUAGGUAUAUUCAUAGGGCUGCUGAUGACGGAAAAUGCCCAUUAUAGCGAUACCCUGAGUAUUAUUUCGGUGGUGCUGCAAGCCAUAGCUACGGGCACCCUGCUCUAUAUAGUUUUCUUCGAAGUAUUCCGUAAACAGUUCGGUGACUACAAGGCUAGCGGACUGAUGAGACUGAUCGCCUCCGUGUGCGGAUUUAUAUUCAUGAUUUGUAUACAGAUUCUUCUCAAAGAUGGAGAUGGAGAUUAGCGUAGUGCAAAAUAACCGAAGAUACGCGAUUGAUUGAUUUUUUUGUUCCACCUCGAGUAUUCGUGUAUUCGCCUGAUGUCUGCGACUCUAACGUAAUGUGUACAGUUUGUUAUUUAAAUUAUCUAGGUACGAGAAUGCGACACAUUUUGACCAAUUUGCUACCAUAAUCAGUGUGAAAUGUGAGAUGAGAUUGAGGAGGUGCAGAGAACUGAGAGAAGUCUCCUUAACUAGAUGCUAAUCGAGAUAUUCAAAAUUCAACGAGUGUAAAUGAGAAAGUAUUCGAAUCGUUAAUGACAGACGUAUGUACGAUUUAUGACGACUAUUUAUUUAUUUUUUUUGCUGAUGAUUUUUGAGAUGAUGAUGAUGGUGGGAUGGUGCGGGGGGAGGGUUGGGCUAUUUAGGGCUAUUUAUUAUUUUAAGUGUAUUGUGUAUAGGUUAUCGUAUCGCAUUUUCGAUUUCAGCACGAUUUUUUUUAUACUGUGUUCUAGUCACGAGAUUUUGUAAAUAUUAUUAUGGUUUUUUUGUGUCAUUUUUUAAAAAAAAAAACAAAAUAUUAAAUGAAUUGUAAAAUGGAUUAAAAUUUUUAUAGGUAUAUUGUAAAUUUACAUACGUGAGUAUAUAUGCCAGGUUUUAGCUGGUGUAGUGAUGAAGUGAUCGUAUUAAAAUGUUAAUAAAUUAUAAAUAAUUGUUUGUAACGAAUUAUUAUAAUAUGAAAAAUUUGUUUUUUA